ACUUCAUCGUUCUGGUGUGGCUGUUGAGAGCGCGGUGUUGGCUCCUGGUGGGAAAAAACCAGCCCUUGUUUUAACUUCAUAUACUGACGGGAGUAUCGAGGGUAUCGGCCGUGUCCAUAAACGCCCGGUUUGUGAUUUGUCUUAGACUGAUGUGCUGAAAACAGGCUGUUAUUUCCCCGCCAUAACGUUAUAUUAUAGGUCUAGAAGUGGGAAGUGUGUGCUUUAGCCAGUGGUGUGCUACCGAGGCUCGUGCAACCCACCUCGGCAUUAGAGAGGAGAUCUUUUUUUUUUCUGCAUCGAAAAACACGAUGGUUUUUGCAGCGAGGAUAAACUGUUGCAGUCAUCGGCCUUCGGACGCUUUUGUGUGUAGAUACAUGAGGACUUUAGGUGCCGAGUCUGUGGAUAUUGAGAAAUACAGGCCCUCUUAAAUUCGGUCUCGCGGAGGGAACGCAGUUUUUAACGCUUGAUAAUUUUUCACGCCCAACUGCAAGGAUGAAUAGUAAUCGGAUGGUAGUUGCUCAGAGGGGGGUACUCCCGCCCCCUAAGCAGCACUUUGCAGAUGCAGUAUGGUUCAAGUACAUCUUAUCAUGUUGCGCAGCGACAACGGCCGAGAUGGUAACAUAUCCACUGGACUUGGCUAAGACCAGAUUGCAGAUCCAAGGCGAGAAGGGCUUAAAUGGAAAUACUAUGAGACCCUACAGAGGACUGGCUGGAACUGGGGUGGGGAUAAUACAAGAAGAAGGGUUCUUGAAAUUGUGGCAGGGAAUAACUCCAGCUGUAUAUAGACAUUUGAUAUACUCGGGAACUCGAAUGGUCUUGUAUGAAAAAGCGCGAGAUCACCUCUUCACGACACGACCCGAUGGUACGAGGCCAGUCUGGCAAGCAAUUAUGGGAGGAAUUGUUGUCGGUGGUAUUGCCCAGUUCCUAGCAUCUCCUGCAGACUUAGUAAAGGUCCAGAUGCAGAUGGAGGGACGACGGCGAUUGGAAGGAAAACCUCCUAGAAUCCAUUCUGCUAGUGAGGCCUUUUUUAGAAUCUAUGGUGCUGGUGGACUACGAGGUUUGUGGAAAGGAUGUAUGCCAAAUGUCUAUCGCUCAGCACUUGUAAACUUAGGGGACCUGACUACUUACGACUCAGUGAAACGAUUUUUUGUUAACAGUUGGAAAUUUCCGGAUACAUAUUGGACACAUGCAUUGUGCAGUGUAUUUUCUGGAUUGGUGUCGACUUGCUUGGGCACGCCUGCUGACGUAGUCAAAGCCAGAGUUAUGAAUCAGCCUACUGAUAGCCAAUGCAGAGGUCUGUUGUACCGAAAUUCUGUUGACUGUUUGAUUAAGACAGUUAACAAUGAGGGAUUCUGGGCCCUCUAUAAAGGCUUCUUCCCGUGCUGGUUACGAAUGGGUCCAUGGUCACUCACCUUCUGGCUUACGUACGAGCAGAUCAGAAACGCCUGUGGCACAUCUGCAUUUUAGGUAUAUUGCAAAGCUCAAGAGGAUUUGCUUGCUUGGAGAAGUUCUUUCCACAUGUUAACACUGGAAGGAAGGUAAAUCUUUUGAAUAGUCAGGCCUGAUAUAAUCUUUAUCCAAAUGCUCUUACUCAACCAUUUCAAUACAGUCAAAAGAAAUCGGAAACUUCAUUGUAUUACACAGUGUCAGUUGUUAUUGGUAUAUAAACUGGAAACUUAUGUCAGUAUUGAGUGAAUUGUGAUUAGAGGAUGUGGUAAAGAGACAGCUUAGAAGUUGUCUAUAGGCAUAGAUCUAGAGGUUUUUCAUGUGCAUUUUUGUACAACAGUACUACUGAUUGUUCGUUCAAGCUAUUCUUUCUCAUAUUAAGGCAUUUUUUAAGUACCUCAACAACAGUGUGAAUCCAGCAAAUUAGCUCAGCUUUCAGGAUUUGAUUUUAUCCUUAACCAAGAUCAUGUACUAAUUGAACAAAGUAUAAGUUUGAAUUUAUGUAUUUUUCAUCGUUACAUUCGUUCAUGUAAUGUAUAAGGUGGGAAUAACCUCUGUUAUGGCCAUAGUGAAUGCUUCAUUGACUAUUAUCAAAUGUGAAUUUAAAAGUGAACUUCAUAGAUAUGUAUUUAUUUUUUUAUGACAAAAGUCCGACGCUUCUGACUGAGGGGAAUAUUUUAAUUAGGAUACCAGCUGUACAGUUUUCCACUUCAGGUGAUUAUGUUUUUUUUCAACAACAAACUGUUUUCACUGCCAGAUCUCUGGCGUUCGUGAUAAUGUUCAAUGCUGUAACUUUUUGUGGACCAGACUGUUUAUUUUUUCUUCAUUAGAGUUGUCAAGUAUGGAGGUAGUGUGUGUGUGUGUGCGUGCGUGCGCGUAUUGUCUCGUGUGGUGGUGGUGAUAAAAUUGGCUGUAUGUAAUGAAACAGCCAAGUAAUUUGUGAUUUUUUAUGUGUAAUAUAUAUUCAUUCUCCAGGCAAUUUGGACUGUUAUGAAAAAAUGCAGAGCAACUUAAUUGUUGCCUAUUUUAAAUUCACAUCAACCGUGGAUUUGACAUCUAGGCCAGUCCAUUACUACGCUCCUGAUUGGCUGUCAAUCAGGAACGUCAUAAUGGACUGGCCUAGACAUCGGAUGCACGGUUGAUGUGAAUCUACUAUAGUAUAAGUUACUGUUGCUUUGAUGAUGUAUGAUUUUAAUAGGACUAAAAGUUUAACAGUCACUUGCCACAGGUUUGAAUGGAUGUGUGUUAUGUAGUUUAACACAGGAUUCUAUUAGAAAUACUUGACUGUAUCAGUCAGUGUAGAGCCGAGUAUGUUGAAAGCCAGCCAUUGGAUCAUAACAGUUCACGAAGGUUGGAUCAUCUGGCAGUUUCUUUGCCAGAGCUCAUUUUUAAAAUUUUGAUUGUUCUGUUAAAUAUAAUUAUAACAUUAUAACCACCUUAACAAUGCAAAUGUUUAGUCAUUGAGCCUUUUAACAUCACUACAGUUAGUAAAAUGUACUAUUAACUAGUAUUGUAAGGCUCUAGAAUUUCUGUGUGCUUUAAUAGUGUUGUAAAUAUUUUUUUAGUGAUUGGCUGUUCAGUUGCCAUACCUGAGCCAUCAUGUCAUUGCUAUUGUAGAAAUGACUUGUGGUUUGAUUGCACCACAACUAAAUUCAGGCAUUGUAAUUCCUCAGGUCUUUUGUCUCAUAAUAUUCUUUUAUUUAGUCUUGAAAUUUAUCAAGUUUUCUUUAUUUCUGGUUUUCAAGAGCUUGCAUGUCCAUCAAAAUGUUUCUCUGUAUCAUAUUCUUCUGGGUAAAAAGAAAUCAUUUGUAAGAUAAUUAUGGACAUCAUUCACUCCAGUAUCUAUUUCUCCUUUCUUCUUCCAUUGUCAUAACUUACAUUGAGUAUUAUCAUGAUCAUUCUUUUCAAAUUGUUUAUAUUUGUGGAAGUUCCUGAUUGACAAAGGGAGAUGAUAUUUUUCAAUAGAGUAAUGGUCAUCAGCUUUUCCAGAAAAAUUACAUUGUGGACAUACAGGAAGUAUAGGUAUCAGAGUGAACUGCUUUGCACUGUGAACGUAUAUUUUGUCUGUUAAGGCAUACUUGUUUUGAAUAACUCCUUGGAUACAUUUUACAGUGUCUCAUCAGAAAGAUGUUUUAGACUGAUAGGAUAAAAUUUGUUGGUUUUACGUGAAUAAAACGGCACUUGGCCAAUGAUAAUCUGUAAGAUGUAUUCAAGAUAAUUGGACGAAGGCUUCCAGUGGUGGUGAUUACUAUACUGUAUUGCUAUCCAGAACGAGAGAAAAAUUUAAAAGAAAAAUCAUUAUUUGUGGCUGGCCUUUCCAGCUCAAGUUAGAAAAACUUCUUCAUAAAGAGAUUUGAAAACUUUCCUUGUUGUCUCAGUCUCUCUCAGGUGCCACACACACAAAUAUAAAAUCUUAACUGAUACAUCUUAAGAACUUUAAUGUACAGAUAUAUAACUCUUAGAGCUUCCCAAAUAAGAAUUUCAAGGUCCAAAUCUAUAAAGAAGAUAUUUUUUUACUUUUUUACUGGGAGAGGAAAGUACUACACGUAUGUCACUUCAAUUUUGUCUCCGACAGAGGCCACAUCUGUUGUUAAAUGCCUUAGGGUUUUUGAAGCCUAAAAGCAUUGGUUACCACUGGUAAUGAUUCAAUGGUUGAUAGGGCUGGUAAGCUGUACUCUUCUAUUUGCAGCUUUUAUAUCUUUAAUUGUUAACAGUAAAUAUUGCAUUGGAUGAUGUGGUCUUUCAAGAUUUGGCUCCUUAAGGUAGUCUUGAAGUUUGAAUGGUAGCAAUGGUUGAAAAAGGGCAGUUAGCCUAUGUGGCACAUUUUACUUAUUUUGUGUCUUAGUAAUAGUCUUUGCCCAUUGUCAUAGAUUGACAGGUCAUGUUUGUGACAGCUAUAUCAGAAGCCUGAGUGGCCACUUUUGAUUGUUUGUAUUAACAGAAUCCAUUCAUAUUUUUAUUGAGAAUUUGUCCACUUGAUUUAAGAUCAUUUAAUUCAACAUUUUCAGAAUUAUAUUCAUAGGAGCUUUACACAUAGAAAUCAGAACUUGCACAUUGGAACAUUUGGCACCUUUGGGUGUUGUCAGGUUGGCAUUUUAUUAGUUAAGACUAUACAUAGUUUUCCUUUACAGUCCUGCUGCUGUCUAAAAUAGUGUCAGGAUAAGUACUUUUAGUAUUCCAGAAUAGUGACAGGAUAAGUACUUCUAGUAUUCCAAAAUAGUGACAGGAUAAGUACUUUUACUAUUCCAUAGCAAUCAAAUACAUCUCUUGAAGUUUUUACUGUUGUAGGUGAAAUUUACAGAUAGUAAGGUGAAGGUAUGAAUUUUACAAUAUAAGUUAGUCUGACUGCUGUUAAAAACAUCAGCCAUAUCAUGCACAGUUUAGUUAGCUAGGAUUUUUUGAACACUAGGAUAUGUUUCACAAGAUUAAUAAAGCCGACCAGCUUGUAUAUUUGACCAAAACUCACUUUUGUGACCCAUUUUGUUGUGGAAUAUCGAAAAGGUAUCUUAUCUAGUUGCUAGUUUCUGUACGGUUGAAAAUAUGGCCUAUUCUUGAAUUGUGAAUCUGUAAAGAAUAACGAUAACAACCAAGAAAAAUGAUAAAGCCUUUUGCUUUACAGCACUCAAAUAUGAGAAUUCACAAAAGUGUUUUUUUGUACAGUACGUUCUGAGGCCAUUGAUUUACCAGUGUGAAAGCAAAAGAUUUUCCAUUUUUUCACCCAAAAAUUUUUGUUUUUGACAUGAUAAAAUAGUAUCCAGAUUGUAAUAUGUAUCUCAGUAGUUUUUAUUUUUGUCUUUGUGAACACUACAGUUUACUUUUAAUAAUUUGACUCUGAAAAGCAUUUUGCACAAUUUUAAUGUGGUGACGUUCUGUAUAUUUUAUCGUUUCAGUGCAUUUUGUAAGCUAUGUAGUAUCUAGUAAAUUUUAGUCCUAUAUGAAGUUUUUGUUGUUUUGUUUCUUGGGUUGGAGAAAUCUGUACAAUGAAUGAUGAUUGAAUGUCUUUCCUUUGGCUGUAUAAAGUUGUUGCUUAGUUUGAUAAGUCUCCAAAAAUAAUGUGGAAGCUGGAAGAAGUGUUCUUUUUCGCGUUGAUGUUUCAAAGGUUUAUGGUCUGUAUGACAGGAUGUUCUAAUGGGUGUCAAACCUUUAAGUUGGCCUCCUUCCCGUUGAUGUUAGCUACAUUGCCUUAUUGUGAAAACUUCUGAACUGCUCCAGCUUUUAACAACCAUAUGUGCAUGAAAUUGAUGGCACCCAAUGUUGUACAGACUCAUACUUUGGAAAUCCUGUCGAGGUUUUGAUUUUAUACGUAUUGCCUUUGUAAGACCAUAAGGUAUAGUUGGUAGGAUUUAUCUGCUUCUACAUAAAAGCAAAUAUCUUUCAUAAUCUCCUUCAGUGAACUUGGUAUUUUAAGAAUCCUUUUAUUGUAAUUACUCUCAGUUACUCCUCUAAUGUAAUUCAUUUUUUGCACUUAUUCUCACAGUUAUACAUUUUAUGUUAUGAUAUGUUGAUAAUUAGUCACAUUUCUUGGUAUAAUAGUACAAUGUUAAGUAAGUCACAUGCUUAUUACAAGAUCAUUUAUUUGUAAAAUGUCAUCUCUGUAAUAUGUUUUUCUUGCAGUAUCCCAUUUUUCUUAAGUUAUAUUAUCUCGCAAUAUAAUUUUAAACUCAACAAUACAUGUAAUUCAAGUUGAGUUUUUUCCAAUUUUUUUUUAGUUUGUUCUUGAUGACUAUAUCACCAUGAUAUAACCCAAACUCAUUAAAAUGUUUAAUUCUACUGAUGUCGUUAACUCAAGUUUAGUUAUAGUUAACACUUGGUAGAGUUUCACUUUCCAUUAUCAUGUUAGCAAACUCCAGAUAGCCAAAAUGUAUCGUUUUUUUUUUUUUUUUUUUUAAUGAGUUUAUGAUAUACCCUAAUAGCAAUUGAACUUUGUUGAAAUACUUUACAAUGUUGAUUAGGGUCAGAGUAAUAUCAUAGCAUACGUAUGUAUGACUGGAGAAUUACUGGAUAUACAUCAAAUUGUCUUCUUAAUGGCUCAAAACAUAUAUUUUUUUAUCCUUAUGAGAGCUUCCUGAAUAGACAGAGAUGCAGUAGAUGAAGAAUUGUCUUGAUCCUCAGACUCCUGAUAGUGUUGUUGUAACCUAGUCAUUGAAUAUAGUAUAUAUGCUGAUAUAAAAAUAUGUAAACUCGAGUCUUGUGUAAUUACUGUAAAGAGCACAGAACGGUGAAUUCACUGGCUUAUAUAACUAUAUUUACUGCUUGUGUGUUUGGGAUGGUGUAGUUAUAGGAGCCAAUGAUUAUUGAAUUAAUGUACAGUACCAAUAUUAAGAAGAAUUAUUUUGUAUGGGCUGUAGAUAUGACUAUAGUUUUUUAAGAUUUGUAGUUCAAGCUCAUUCUCUUGAGUAUUUUGGAAAGAAAAUAAUUUUUGCAGAUUUGAACAUACUAUUGCAAGCUAAGGACACUUGUGUCACCAUUCAAAAUGUAGGCUGCUGUGAGCCAUUGUAACCUGCUGUCAGAAAAUCACAGUGAAAAUAAAAAAUAUUAUUGACCUUUAUGAUAGUUGAAAUUUUGGUGUCUAUUGUAUCUGCAUUUUAGUAUAUUGCAAGUGAUAGACAAUAAAAUAUUUUUGUGUAAA